AUGGCACACACCAGCAAGGCAACAUCAUCAGAAACUGGGACUACUGCAGCACAACCACAGCAAGUAACAGCAAUGGAACUACCCGCUGGUUUCAAUGCUUCACCAACUCAAAGGUUGCAACUACGAGCGCCCCCAUUUAUGCCUUUUCAGCCACACUCAUGGUUCGCGCAGAAAGUUGUGUUGUCAGAUAGCCGGUGUCUGUUGGCAGACGGAGAAAUGUUUGAGUGGGUGGCAGACGGUGUUGACAUUUCUGUGUUGAGCUACGGCGGGCCAGAAUGCAUCGCCUUCUUGUCACCACAAAUGAAAUUAUUGGAUACAUUGUUGGCUUUUGGAAUAGCUUGUUUCUUGAUUAAUAAGGGUUACAGAAAUAUUAGUUUACCUGAUAAAUUAGUCUACGAAAGAAAUGAUCGUGGAGGGAAACGUCUAUUGCUCAUUAUGGUUUGCCUUAUAUGGGGUAUAGAAAUAGGAUUUAAAUUUGCCACGCGCACGAUGAUCUACUUGCUGAAUCCGUGCCACGUUACUACAGCCGCUCAGAUAUAUUUACUAAGUGCACCUCCAAGUAAAGCAGUUACAUCUGUGUUUCGCAUACACUUAAAUUUCUUGAAUGGUGCUGUUCUUGCCUUCAUGUUUCCAGUAACAGAAACAAGACUACUGCCUUUUGAAGCAUCGAUUUACUGGAUACAACAUAGUAUGAUGUUGAUUGUGCCUUAUUACUUACUCAGGUUGGGAGGUGUGUACAACAUUGAAAAACUGUCAGAUUUUAACUGGUGUUAUAUGAGUUAUGGUUUGAAUCUUAUUUACCAUUUUGGGGUUCUACAGACAUGUUCAUUUUGGUCGGGUAUAAAUAUAAAUCACAUUAUGUGCCCUAUUGGUGUUGAUCCAUUCUAUGGACAGUACUAUCGGAUAGCCACAAUUAUUCAUGAGGGUAUUCUGUGCCCACUAGUUUCAAAAACAUAUUGCAUGCUGGCGGCAUUUUUCCUUACAAAAUUUGGUCCCACAAAAGUUAAGAAUACUCUGGAGUUUGACAUGAGUUCAUGGGCCCAAGGGGAUAGAGGACCAGGUAAACGAAGUUCCUUAAAACAAAGUCCACAGGCAAGUCCAGAAAAACAUUCACCAGAAUUUCACUCUACGAAUAACGGCUGUCAUCAUAUUGAUUAAGACAGUAUCUGUAUAAUUUUUGUGUAAGUUGUAGCAGCUAUGCUGUGUUCUUGUAGCCGUCAGUACUAUUUUAGUAAAUAUUUAUUUCAGCAAAAUGAAGCAAAGAAUGAAACUCUUUAUAAUUCUUUACAAGUUUGCCACAAAAGCCGAGAUGAUUUUAAUUGUAUCAGUUGAUUGUGUUAAUCUAGUCGUUUUCAGAUUUACAUUUUUUUUUUUUUGACUGGAGGCAUUUUAGGUAUCUGCCUAGAUAUCUACCUAGAUUGACUGUACAAGUGCCUUUAAGAAGGGUUUUUAUACCAAACUCAAUUCUUUUAAGUUUUACAAUUUAAUUUAAUAACAGCUGUGUAUAAAAUGAGAUUAUUGAGGUAGUGUACCUACAUGUAAAAGGUAGUGCCUGUUCCUUUUAGGAUAUCAUCACAGUGUUAGUGAUAAAAUGGUAGCUGUUGUUGCAGUGAAGAUGUCCUUAUUUAUGUGUGAUACAUUGAAUGUGUGAAUACUCAAUAUGAUAUUGUGAAAUGUGUACUUAAAAUACAAUGUGUAUGUAUUCAGUUAUUGCACAGUUAAAUGCUGUGAAUGGCAUCUGCCUUAAAAUGUCUUAAUUAUGUCGGAAAUUGUGCUAUUCCACUGACAGGCAGGUACAUAAUGGUAUGUUGUUCAAUGAUCUGUAUUACUUUAUCCCUUAUUCUGUGACUUGAAUUGUGUUUUAGCAAACACAGUUUCAGCUAACAGCACUGAAACAUGAAUUUUAAUUCUGACUGUUCUU